GUGUGCUCGCGCGACGCGAGCGGCAUAACUGCAAGCUGACGCCUGCACAGCAUCGCUGUAAUCGGCAUUGCUCGAAAGCGAACGUGCUUCGACAGAUAACGCAUCAGCUACUUUAAAAAGUGCAGUGCAGACUGCAGGCAGCAAUGCGCCCAAAGCUGGCGGCGCGAGCCGUCGUCGACGCGUUACUCGCGCCACCGGUCAACCAUCCAAGAACGCUGCAAAUGCCCAUUCAGCAACGAGCCAUCAAACGCCACGCGUUCCAGCGCGCCGCCUUCGAGGCGGCAUUCGAGACAAGGCCGCGCGUCAUCUCCGUCGUCGGCACGAAGGGCAAGGGCAGCGUGUCCGAAUUGUUGAGGAGCGCGCUCGGUCCGAAGGUGGGCUGCUUCACGUCGCCGCACCUGCACGGCUGCCGCGAGCGCAUCCGGGUCGGCGCGGAGCCGAUUUCCGUCGAGGCCCUGCGAAGGAAUGGUGAAAAGGCGCUCGACCUCGCUAGAAAGCUGGAGGCGGACGAAUGGGGCUGCGUCUUCUUUGAUAGGUUGCUGGCGACGGCUUUAUUACAUUUUGGGGAAGAGGCCUGUCCUCGACUGGUCCUCGAGGCGGGCGUCGGCGGCGUGCACGACUCGACGAACUUCUUUACUGAUCAGGAGUUGGAAUUAGCCGUCAUCACGUCCAUCAGUCUGGACCACACGGCGCUGCUGGGCGACACGCUGACUGAGAUCGCCACGAACAAAGCAGGUGUAAUGCGACCAAAAACCAAAGCCGUGACGCCGUCGACGCAGCCGCCCGAGGCCUUAGAAGCUUUACAAAGCGAGGCGGACCGCGUCGGCGCGGAGUUGGUGGUCGUCGACUGCUCUGGGACGAGUGAAGAACCAUCGACGAAACGGGAAAACCGCCUCCUCGCAGCAAAGGCCUGCUCCCUACUCAAUGUGGAGGCCGACUUUUCAUCCAGUAGAUGGCCCGCGCGCUUCGAGGAGAUCCGCGUCCACGGGAGACUCGUUAUUGUCGACGCGGCGCACAACGGCGAUUCGGUCGCGAAAUUUCUCGAGGCGGCUCAUAUGAAGUUCCCCUCGACAAAAUUCACGGUCGUCUUCGGCUGCGGCGCGGAGAAGGAGGGCCUCGAGGCCAUGGUCGACGCCGUGCGGCCGUUCGAGAGCAAUGUGGUGUGCGUCGAGGCCGGGUCGUCCUUCGCGGAUCGGCCGCUGCCGCCGUCGAAGCGGGGCGAGCCCGCUCAAUUGUUGGCGGCACGCGUCGGUGCGAAUGCGGCGGUUGCAUCGUCGGUCGCCGCCGCUUUAUCACAUUCCGCGGGCCCCGUUUUAGUUUGUGGCAGCGUCUACGUCGCGGGCGAGGCGCGCGAGUGGUGCGUCGCCGAGGACCCGGCAUGUCUGCCGGCGGACGACUGGGCGCGGACGCUGCGGGACGACCUCCUUUGAUGUUAUUG